ACUUUCAGAAUAGUGACUGGUUAAUAAAUUUUCAUAGCAGAAGGAAUCACUUGCCAAUACAUUUUUAACUCUUCCUUUGCUAUGUGGAAAGCUAAGUCAGUUUUUACAAGGGAGAAAAAAUAUGUCCAUUCCGAAACUCUUCCCACACCAUCAGCUGGCCUUUGUGCACUGCGCAGACUGCUUCAGAGCGCCGGCAGCGGCUGUCAGCAGCCUGAGCUUCUCAGCUGCCCACCACCUUGGAUACAUUGGUGCCACUUGGAAAUGGCUGUCAUUCUGUAAAAGUUCCUUUCAUCAGGUUGACAAUUCAGUAGGAAGUAACUGUGCCAUAGGAAAUCAGUGUUUUCCGUGUAUUCUGAUUACAGCACUCACUUAAACAAUCUGGCCCCGUGACUAUUGAUACCUUGACGUCCUUCCAAGUAGCUGUUUUAUUUUGACUGAAAUAAAGACUCGCUGCUCCAGAGCUAGUCACCAACCAAGCUGCAGGAUCUUCAUGGGAAAAACGCCACCGUAAAACUUUCAGAGAGUAUUUUGUGGUAUAACAGCCAAAAUUCUAAAAGCAAAUAGAAAUUGGUGUAACAACCGAUGUUUAACCCCAGUGUACAACAGUAAACUGAGCUAGCCUCUCUCUCUCUUUUUUUUUAAAAAAGCUGACGCAAGCUGGACAGGGAGGUGUUGGGGUGAGGUGGUAAUGUUGAUUGGCUUGUCGCAUUCACUCCCACUGGUCUUUAAGUCACUGUCUAGAUCUCCAAAAUUGCAAAAAAGUCAGCUCCGUGACAGGGUCUGCCAUUCCAAACAAGUCAGGAAAGACGGCCCAGGCCUGGAUAAAUCAGUAAGGACAGAGUGUUCUGAACAUCCUCACGGGGUGGCCGAGCCUGAGGCCGAAGGCACAGUGUGUUAUUUACACUGAAGGAGUGCGUGUGUGGACAAGAAAGCGCUGACGGGUCAAAUGGAUCCCGUGGAGCUGAGAAGUGUCAACACCGAGCCCGACGGGGAGAGCAGCAGUGGAGAAAGCGUGCAGGACAGCUUCUCGGGGCUGGGGAACUCGGAGAAGGCGGCCAUGAGCAGCCAGUUUGCUAAUGAAGAUGCUGAAAGCCAGAAGUUCCUGACAAAUGGAUUUUUGGGGGAAAAGAAGCUGGCCGAUUAUGACGAAGAGCACCACCCUGGAACUACUUCCUUCGGAAUGUCUUCGUUCAACCUGAGCAACGCCAUCAUGGGCAGUGGGAUCCUGGGCUUGUCCUACGCCAUGGCCAACACUGGAAUCGUACUUUUUAUAAUUAUGCUGCUUGCUGUGGCGAUAUUAUCGCUCUAUUCAGUUCAUCUUUUGCUAAAAACUGCCAAGGAAGGAGGGUCGCUGAUUUAUGAAAAAUUAGGGGAGAAGGCAUUUGGAUGGCCUGGAAAAAUUGGAGCUUUUGUCUCUAUUACAAUGCAGAAUAUUGGCGCAAUGUCGAGCUACCUCUUUAUCAUUAAAUAUGAACUACCUGAAGUGAUCAGAGCAUUCAUGGGACUUGAAGAAAAUUCUGGGGAGUGGUACCUCAAUGGCAGCUACCUCGUCAUAUUUGUGUCUUUGGGAAUUAUUCUUCCACUUUCUCUUCUUAAAAAUUUAGGUUACCUUGGUUAUACCAGUGGAUUUUCUCUUACCUGCAUGGUGUUUUUCGUCAGUGUGGUGAUUUACAAGAAAUUUCAAAUACCUUGUCCUUUGCCCAUGCUGGAUCACAACGUUGGAAAUACUACGUUCAACAGCACACUUCCAGUGCAUGUGAUAACACUGCCCAACAACUCCGACAGUGCUGGUGUGAACUUCAUGAUGGAUUACACACACCGCAAUCCCACAGGGCUGGAUGAAAAUCAGGCCAAGGGCUCUCUUCACCGCACUGGAGUAGAGUUUGAAGCCCAUGAUGACAAGUGUCAGCCAAAAUACUUUGUAUUCAACUCCCGGACGGCCUAUGCAAUUCCUAUCCUAGCAUUUGCUUUUGUUUGCCACCCUGAGGUCCUUCCCAUCUACAGUGAACUUAAAGAUCGGUCCAGGAAGAAGAUGCAAACAGUGUCAAAUAUCUCUAUCACAGGGAUGCUUGUCAUGUACCUGCUCGCUGCCCUCUUCGGUUACCUAACAUUCUAUGGAGAGGUUGAGGAUGAACUGCUCCACGCGUACAGCAAAGUGUACACCUUUGACACGCCUCUGCUCAUGGUGCGCCUGGCCGUCCUGGUUGCAGUCACACUCACUGUGCCCAUUGUCCUGUUCCCGAUUCGCACUUCGGUGAUUACGCUGUUAUUUCCCACAAGACCCUUCAGCUGGAUCCGGCACUUCGUCAUUGCCACCAUAAUUAUUGUGCUUAAUAAUGUUCUGGUCAUCCUCGUGCCAACUAUAAAGUACAUCUUCGGAUUCAUCGGGGCCUCCUCCGCCACGAUGCUGAUCUUCAUCCUCCCCGCAGCUUUCUACCUUAGACUUGUCAAGAAAGAAUCUUUCAGGUCACCCCAAAAGGUCGGGGCUGUCACUUUCCUUGUCGUUGGCGUCAUCUUCAUGAUUGGGAGCAUGGCGCUCAUCAUAAUCGACUGGAUUUAUGAGCCUCCGAAGUCCAAGCAUCACUAACCUGAAGGGAAACGCUUUCUUUCUCGACUGGAAAUGGUUGCAAGUCACGCGCCCAAAGACAUUUGCAGUACCUUGAUUGGAAUGUUACUCAUAGGAAAUGACGCCAGGAAGAUCCCAAAGCCGUCUGCCAGUGACGUCGGCAGACUCCGGCAAGAGAGGACCAUGGCUUUGGUCAGGCAGGGCAGCUGGUAUGUUUCCAGUCUGUGCCCGCUUCCACCAGCUUUUACUAGAACACGUGGGAUGACCAGGCUGUGUGCUUGCCGCUGCACAAGCACUGUGAGCGUGGCUGCGCGGAUAGUCAGCGGAGGGCAUUCCUUUUCCCUGCCCGCUCCCCACCGGUAUUCCCCACAAAGUAACAAACUCGGAUUCUCAGAAUAUCAAACUAAGACACCCUGGGGGCAAAGAUACCGCCACCCAAUGCUGUCUCCCGUCUUGCGCCCAACACCUUGGCUAACAGGAGCCAAAAGCUGCUCCUGUGGCCAAUCGCCGGGAGGCACACAGGUGACCAGACUCCAGGCCAAGCACAUAUGGCAACGCUUACUGAGCAUUUCGCCCAGACUACUCAUGCCAUUGAACUAGUAACCGCUUCACUCAGUGGAUUUUUUUUUGGCACGUGUUAAGACAUCUAACCAACUGUAGAGAGGGUCUUUACUUAUAGAGCAACAGCAAACAUCAUACUGCAUAGCGCUAGGCUGCCUCUGUGGAAGCUUGUGCUUUUCAAUGCUACACCUCGUCCAGUGUCAUUCUUUUGUCCUUGAACAACGCUGUCCCUCUCGUCUUCCAUUCUCAUUCAGAAUUUUUAGAAGGCCACAGCUCACACAGGUCAUGUGGAGAAACUACCCGAACUACCCAGUAUUGUUCGAUACACAUUUGUUUGAUAAACAUUCAGUGCAGGAAACUGUGAUUUGCUGUAUGUUUGUGUAUAUAAUCUUAUUGUGUAGUCACCAGAAUGUACAUUUGAUUUUUAUUUUUUACAUGUGUCGCUUUCUUUCUCACAGUCAAGACAUUUAUAUUAUUGGGAGUGGGGUCAGGGAACUAAGCUGGUGGGUUCGAAAGUCCACAUGCGUGUAUCUGCCCACUGGAGUGACUUUAAAUCUGAAACCGAGUCGCACAGUUCAGGAAUGCUCUUGCUUGAUGUUUACAAUAAUACAAUCAUGUAUAAGAAAAUGAAUCACCCAUUUGCAAAUCAUUAACAGAGCUAGGUUGCUCCUUUAAUUUAAUACGUCUAAAAUGAGAUUCAGCUCACUUUAGCUCGCAGGGGUGUUUGCUAGCAUUCAUUCGUCCUUUAGGACAAUGGCAAGUAGCUGUCCGUAGAAAUGUAAGUGCUAACACUACACGAAAUGCAGGCUGUCGCGCUUCCCGCUGCCUGUAGCAGCCAUCCAUGGAGUGGGGUGGAAGACUGCCGUCCGCGGCCGCGGGUUAGUGGAGCUCACCGCCUUCUUUUCAAAUCACUAGCAAGAACACUGGUUGUAAGUUUUAUAGGUUAGUAAAGCUAAGUAUGAAAUAUAAGUGGCCUAUAUCGCCUUUCAAUAGACCGAAUCAUAUUUCUGUAAUUUUCUCAGAAGUGUGACUAAGAAAGUAUAUAUUUGUUUCAUGUAUCAUUUUCUAAAGAUGCAUUGCUGUAAAAUGGUGCACUUUGUUAUGGAAAGAGCAGCACGAGAGGCUAACUCUGAAGUUAUGAUCACUUGGAAAAACUGUGUCGAGUAGCGUCCUUAAGAUAUGGUCCCAUUUUUGUUUGUCUAAAGAGUGCUUUCAAAUCAGAAAAUGGAAUAAAGUGUGUUCUGCAUGUUAAAAAGUGUUGAAUCUGAAGGUGUUUAAAUGUAUAUAUUAAGGAUUAAUCCAAAAUAUUAGAAAACUAUAAAACCUGUAUAUAUUUUACAUUUUUAAAUGAUUGACUUGAAAAUCCGGCCACGUGUAAUUGUAACUCUUCAAGAGCCGAGCUGCAGUGCCAGAUACUAGAGCACCCCCUCCUUCGUGGCUGCCGUCGGUGCAGAGGUCUCACAUACUGCAGGACAGGCCUACAGACAGCGUCCUGUGCCGGUUAAUGUAACUGCAUUUGUAAACAGGAAAUUUUUAUUUUCGUAUUUCAUUUAUAAGACGGUUCAAUGUUUUGGGAGGAUUUUUUUUAUUACAGAAAGUGUAUAUUGGUAUAUAAUAAAUGAACUUUUCAAAUGAC